CUAGAUAAUUAUUCCUGAAUCUUGUGAUCACCAUGUAACUUGCUCAGGGACAUAUCAACACUCGGCUAGGAGGAGAUGGGGAUCGAACUAACAACCUUUCAGUUGCAAGACACCGUCUACUUCCUGAGCUAAACCGACCCCCAGCCUCCUCUCCGCUGAUUUUAUUACCUCUGGGGAAUUCCUGCCCAUUUGCCGAUAUGCAGUCAGUGGUGUUCUUUGACCUGGAGACCACGGGAUUGGACACCAAGCGAUGUGAUAUCAUCCAGCUGGCGGCCAUCAGCGGAGAUCUCACCUUCAACAUGUACAUGAUGCCUCAGGUCGCCAUCGACAGAGGGGCCACGGCGGUCACAGGCUUCAGGGUCCAUAAUGGCAAACUCUUCCAGAACGGUAGAGCUAUGAACACCGCCAUCUUGCACGAGGCCCUGGCCUCCUUCCUUGACUUCCUGUGGUCCUUAGAGCAGCCCGUGCUGCUGGCCGCGCACAACGCCAGACGCUUUGACAUACCUGUACUGGACAAGGCGCUAUUCAGGUGUUCCCUCGACGAGGACUUCCAGCAGCUGGGCUCCAGAUUCUUGGACACCUUACCGCUCAGUAAGACGCUGUAUCCAAGGUUAGGCAGCCAUUCACUAGUGAAUCUGUCUGACCAAUUCCUGGGAAAACGCUACAAUGCCCAUGAUGCAUUGGAGGACGUUACAGCUCUGCAGGAGCUGUACUAUUAUUGGAAUCUCAAACCACGCUAUGUGGCUCGAUGGUCAUUCUAGCAGCCGCUAGAUCUAUUUUGCAUUGUUGUUUAAUAAACCCAGCUUAAAACCAA